AUGUCGUCGCUGCAGCCUCUGAUGACGGCGUGGAAGGCGGCGUGCGCGACGGCCGGCGCCGUGACGAUGGUGGUGCCGGCGGGGACGUACUACCUCGGCCCUGUGCAGUUCCACGGCCCCUGCAAGGCAUCCACCUUGACCUUCCAGCUGCAGGGGACGCUCAAGGCCGCGACGGACCUGAAGCGGUUCGGCAACGACUGGAUCGAGUUCGGAUGGGUGAACGGGCUCACCGUCGCCGGCGGCGUCAUCGACGGCCAGGGCGCCGCGUCCUGGCCCUUCAACAAGUGCCCCGUCCGCAAGGACUGCAAGGUCCUGCCCACGAGCGUGCUGUUCGUGAACAACCAGAACACGGUGGUGCGCGACCUGACGUCGGUGAACCCCAAGUUCUUCCACAUCGCGCUGCUGUCCGUCAAGAACAUCAAGAUGAGCGGGCUCAAGAUCACCGCGCCGUCCAACAGCCCCAACACGGAUGGCAUCCACAUCGAGCGCAGCGCCGGCGUGUCCAUCACGGACACCCACAUCGCCACGGGCGACGACUGCAUCUCCGUCGGCCAGGGCAACGACAACGUCGAAGUGGCGCGCGUGCAGUGCGGCCCGGGCCACGGCAUGAGCGUCGGCAGCCUCGGCCGGUACGCCGGCGAGGGCGACGUCACGCGCGUCCACAUCAGGGACAUGACCUUCACGGGCACCAUGAACGGCGUCCGCAUCAAGACGUGGGAGAACUCGCCGACAAAGAGCAACGCGGCCCACAUGGUGUUCGAGAACCUCGUCAUGAACGACGUCCAGAACCCCAUCAUCAUCGACCAGAAGUACUGCCCCUACUACAACUGCGAGCACAAGUACGUGUCCGGGGUGACGAUCAAGGACAUCCAGUUCAAGAACAUCAAGGGCACGGUGACGACGCCCGUGGCGGUGAUGCUCCGGUGCGGCGUGCCGUGCCAGGGCCUGGUCCUGCAGGACGUACACCUCAAGUACAAGGGGCAGGGCACCGCGUCGGCCAAGUGCGAGAACGCAAAGGCCAAGUACGUCGGCGUGCAGCUGCCCAAGCCAUGCCCCUAGGUACGGUGGCCGGCCGGCCGGCGAGAGCGUGCGUGCGGUAGGAUUUUUCUUUUUUCAUUUUUGAGGUGAUCUGUGUCACACCCACCUUCGUGUACCUAGGUAGCGAGCUAAGAUGUGGGGUGAAGUGAGCUUUUGAUUCUUCGAUCGUGUUUUAUUUCUAGAGGUUUUUCUUCUUUUUUCCCUCAAUUUGUUUUUUUUGUUUCUUUUCUGUUUCUUUGUUUAAUUAAUUAGCUGAAUUUUUUUUUGUUAUAACAUAGCUGCCAAUUUCUGGCACCUAGUUACUUAUCAGUGAACUUGUGAAUACUUGCCAUUGUCAGUGGA